CUUUUUUCUCGAACCACGUGCCAACGCCGACAGAACGCGUCUCGAUUUUUUUACGUUCCGCUUCCUUUUGUCCCUCUCUCACCCUAACUUAAGGACGAUUUCACAAGGUAGCCAAAGGAAUCUCGAAGUAACUGGGAGAUGCACGCAACCAAAAAGUCUAUGCGUUCCGUUCAACGCAUCAUUUCCGUCCCAAUAACACGGCCGACCGCAACGCAACAGCCCACGAUACCUCUUCAUCCCCUCGACCAUUCAAAGAUUUUAACUUAUUAUCACUUUCAACUGCAUAGUACUUCUCAAUCUCCCGGAUCGUCCUCUAAAUGGCUGAGCUGGAUGCAAACGAAAGCAGCCUCAACGUGGUCAAACUUUGGAAAAGCUCCAGAAGGAACCUGGAAGUUGAAAGUGUUUCGGGCCGGCGAACGAAUCGUUGACCGCAUAGAUUUCGAGGAACUUUCUCUCAAAGGUGUUGAUCCCUCAUUAGGACCGACCAUUCUUCACCCCGACAUCUCGGGAAGACGUGGGGAAAAGAAUGUUCCGGAAGGCGACAAUGCCUCGAAAAUCGUGAUACCACUUCUUUACCCUCCAUCCAUCCAAUCGGGCGAAGUAUCUUUGGAACAUCUGCGUUCAUUACUAUCAACUCGCAAGCCUCGGCAUAAGCGUGGUGCGUGGCUAUGGAUAACCAUUGCCCCAUUUACUGCGCCUUUCAUGGUUGUUCCUGUUAUACCCAAUCUCCCUUUUUUCUUCUGUGCUUGGCGCGCUUGGUCUCACUAUAGAGCUUAUAGAGCAUCACAAUAUCUCUCCAAUCUCAUAGAAAAGCAGGUCAUUGUACCGGAGCCGAGCGAUGCUCUGGAUGCGAUAUACAGAGACUGCAGUCCGAAACCUUUAGCAUCGUCUCAUUCAUCUGCAUCUGUAGGUCAAUCGCCGUCAACUAACGAUCAAGAACCUCUGGCAGUCGAAAUGCUUCUUUCAAGGGAAGUAGUACCGACUGUCGUCUCUACUUUUAGCCUUACACAAAGUGCUACCGCCGAUAUCUAUAGAGCAAUCCAACAGGCAGAUAUCCGACUUUCGAAGUCAUCAUGAAUUAAUACACGACUAGACGGAAAUACUUAUGUGUGCACCGUACCAACAACCGGAUUUUGUAGCAUGUAUCAUUAUUCAUCUGAUCUAUCUCUUGCAUUGUGUCGGACUUGGUCU